AUGUAAAUUAGAUGCACAAAAGCUGACCAUCGUGAUUUAUAAAUAAUCGGAGUUUGUUCUGAUCCAUAAUGUUAAUAAUAAAGACCUUAUUGUAAUUUCUGUUUGCCAAUUCAUUUUCUACAUCUGAAUAAAUUAAUACCAUAAGAAUUAUUAAAUGAAUGGAUUUAAGUAAGAAUGGAAUGUAUUAAUAAUGUAUAAGUGAUUAUUUCAUAAUGUAAUAAAGAUCUUGAAAGCAUUAGAAAGUUAUUUAAUCCAUAUAUCAACUUUAAUUUAGAAAAAUUAAAUGAAUUAGAAAUCUCAAAAAUAGACUAAUUAAUAAAAGGGUUAUGUUAAAUAGAAAUAUUUGAGCAAUUAUUACUUUAAUAAUUCAGUUAAUUAGCCUUAUAACUUCAAUAGAUUGCAAUGGAUUUCAAAGAUUUAAUGAAGAAUCAAUAUUCAAGAAUAUAUUUACAAGAACAAUAAUCUUCUAUUAUAACACCAUUAAUAUAAUAAUAAUCAUCAAAUCAUAUAAGUUAAUAUUAAUAAUAAAGUGUUAAAUCUUUAAAAUUUAAUCGUUUGAAAAGUAAUAGUAUAAAGUAAGAUGGAAGAUGUUAUGCAAUUGCCUUCAAUAAUGAUGAUUCAUUUAUUUUAAUAGGUUGUAGAGAAAAGAUUAAAGUAUUUCAACAUGAAAAAGGUAAUUUGAAAGAGAUAUAAUUAUUAAAUGAACAUAAAAGAGAUGUUAGUACAUUAAAUUUUAUGAAGAAAACAAAUCAUUUUGUAUCUGGUAGUGGUGAUUAAAUCAUUAUUAUAUGGUAACCAAAUCAAAUUAAUUAAUGGAAUUGUUUAUAAAAAUUGGAUGGGCAUUUAAAUUGGAUUUCAUGUUUAAUUUUGAAUAAAGAAGAUAGUCUCAUUAUAUCAGGUAGUGAAGAUAAAACUAUCAAAUUUUGGGAGAAAUAAAAUGAAUUUUAAUUUCAAUAAGUAAUUACUGAUCAUUUAGGUGAAGUAUUUUCAUUAAGUCUAAAUAAACAAGAGAAUAAACUUAUUUCUUCUUCUAAAGAUAAGUCAAUAUUUGUAAUUGAAAAGUAAAGUCUUAAUAACAAAUGGUUUAUUAUAUAAAAAAUUCAAUUAGAUUAAUAUGGAUAUAGAUUACACUUUAUUACUAAUCAAUAAUUUAUAUUCCAACCUUAUCUCAAAAAAAAAAUGUAUAUUUAUGAACUUGAUAUAAAUAAUAAUUUGUAUAUCAAAAAAUAAGAAUAAUUUGUAUCAUGUGGUUCAGAAGUUGAUAAUAGAUUCUUUCCAUUAUAAUAUAAAAGACUAAAGCAGAUUCUCAUAAAUAAAAAUGGAAAGAGUAUUAAUGUAAUGAGAAUAUAAGAAAAUGGUGAAUUUAGAAUUGAGUAAAUAAUUGAAUUUGGAAGUUGUGAUAAUUAUGGGUAAUUAAGUUAAGAUGGAAACUAUCUAGUUACUUGGGAUAGUAGUUCAAGACAAAUCCAAAUACGUAUAUGCUAGGAAAAAUGA